AGAAGGGGCUUGGCGAUCUUGAUGGGGGUGUUGUUGUUGGUGUGCAGGGUUAUGAGGUUGGAGGAUCUGGUUCUUUGGGUGAGGACGAGGUUUCUGUGGGGGUUGGGGAGGUUGAGGUGUUGGAGGGUGAGGGAGUUGGAGAGGAGGAGGAGGAGGGACAGAGAGACCAUUUGGAGCAGAGGUGGGAGCAACAAGAUGGUGUUGAGGGGGAGGUCUACGAGGAACAUAUUGGAGAGGAGACGAUAGAUGAGAAGGUGGAGGUCAAGGUUGUGGUUGAUAUGGUCGAGGAGAAAGAGGAUGAGGGCACUUCUGCUCAAUGGAUUGAGGACAUCGCUGAGGACCAAGAAGAGAAACAGGUGAUUCAGCAGGUUGAGAGCCAGAAGAUCCCAGAGCUGGACGAGGUGAAACAGGAGGAACCCCAGCGGGAAGAACAGAAACCAGAGAGGGCAGCAUUGCUAGAAGAGAAACAAGAGAACACAAGAUGGGCAGACGACGAGAAGCAAGAGAAGCCCGUUGAGGAGGACAAGAAGGCCAUCACAGAAACCACCUCCAAGGCCAGUGGAACCGAAGCUGAGAAGGAAUCCAAGCAGCCCGAGCCCAAGCAAGUCGAGCCAAAACUUGCCGGGCUAUCUCAAUCCCGCUGGAGCAAUUCAUUGUCCGGCUCGAAAAAAGUCCUCGACCCGCGAGCGUCCACCUUCCAGCCAACGGAAUUUAAAUCCAGCGCGAAAAGCCAAUACCAAUUCUCCCUUCCUACGACGACUCGUCCUCAGUCUUCCACACCACUCGCCUAUACCUCCAUCGGCGUGCUGGCCUCAUCCUCAAGCAGCUCUCCCUUAUCUGCUUACUCUCCGCCGAGCAUCUUCAGCUCCAUGGGGAGAAGUACGCAGAAUUCAACCCCGUCUUAUGGCGAUUACUCUCAUAGCCCUUCCUAUGGGUACAACUACUCGACUACGUCAUCUUAUGGGAAUACACCCUCCUAUACGACUUCAUCCUCCUACGCGAACUCCUCCUAUGCGAAUACGUCUUCUUACGCAAAUACUUCCCCAUACGGGAAUACUUCUUCUUAUGGAAAUUCGUCUUACAGUUGUUACACUCCGAGUCCUUACUACAGCAGUUAUAACUAUGCUUCCGCGAGCUGAGGUUGAGGAUGGCCAAAGUCACCGAAACUUGAAAGCAGAUAUUUACCGUUGACCGGAAGUCCUGUGGCACCGGUAGAAAAAAGGAAAAGAAAACAAAAGACCGCGAUUACUUCUUUCUCUUGGCACUUGUUUAUUGGUUAUUCUUUUAUCUUACGAUUGAGCCUUUAUUGUGUGAUUCUUCUUUGUUCUUUUCUUUUCUUUUUUUGCAUUCUCUUGCUGCUUUAGCGACUAGCGUGUUGUUAUACACUUUCCGUUCUUAGACAUUUGUAUGUACA